AUGAAUCAUCGUUACUUCAUCGUCCAGAUCACAGACUACGAUAUCGAAUCGUGGAAUCUCACUCGCCCAACAUUGAAUCAAGCUUCCCAACUGGAGUUCAACGAUCAGCGCUACGUGGCUGCAAAGCAAAUCCUGGAAGUCUGGCUCGGGGAUCACGGCGGCGAAGCACUCGUCGGGUCACAAAGUACAAUUCAGGCUCGGCCACUUGCUUCAGAUCUGGAGAAGAAAGAAAGGCCAGAUACAGGUGUGGCGGUGCCCCUCUGCGCUGCAAAGCGAAUUCUGAAGUUCUGGAUCGGCGAUUACGGCAGCGAAGCCCUCAGCUGGCCACAGCAUGCAAUUCAGGCUCGGCCACUUGUUCCCGAACUGGAGAGGAAAGAACAGAGCUAUUGUGGCAGUCUCCUCUGGGCUGGAAGGCAAAUCUUGGAAGUCCGGCUCGACGAUCACAGCGGCGAAGCGUUCAGUCCCAGAGGAGAAGCACCGGCGUGCAGGUCAGGCUGGGCCACUCCUCCUCUCUACAUUGCCGAUCAAUCGUGUCGAGAUUUCCCACAAGCGGAUGGACAUACACGACUGAACAUGAAAGAUUUUGGGGAGUGGGCUCUUAGAUUCGCUACAGGCAUUGGAGUCGACCUUUGUCCGUCAACCCUGUCUUCGGCUGUUGAAGCACUGUGGCUACUGUUUCUGUCGAAUGUGGGCCAUGGCAAGGCCAAAUGGUGUCAGUAUGUGGCCGAUCGGCAAUUUUCGGAUUUUGCGCCGCGCUCCAGGUCCGAGUCAAAGAUUGAGGACGUGAUCAGACGAGGUGUUUUGUCGUGUUGGGGUGUUUCGGGAGGUCAGCACACUGGUCCAUUGCUUUCACCAACGGGCGUAGCCACGUUUCACCAUAACCAUGUGCGGGUCCAGGAGCCACUGCUGUGUCUGGUCGUCAUCGGUUUGAUGGAGCCUCGUCAUGGGAACAGGGUACUCAUCAGCAUAGUCCCGCCAAGUCCACACCAACUUCAUCCCGCUAUGCUACAGUGGAGUUUGACGAUGUUGAGCCAGCUCCCGCCAGUCCAGCAUGAAUUCCGACCGAGCAACAGUGAUCUCUCAUCUUCUCUCACGCAUACCAUAUCAAUGAAGACUUGGAAGUGGUUUCUACAAUCUUUGGGUCUUGAAAUGCCUGCCCUCGCCGUCGAAAUGCUCCAGCAUGCUCCUCAUCAGCGGGGUAUAACAGACAGAUCUACAAUGCUCUUUCGUGUAGUGCGUUUGCACCUGUUGCGCUGCCUCCGCUAUGUGCAUCCUUCUCUUUUUCGGACUUCACUCUGUGACGAGUUCUUUGUUGUCAACCGUCUUGCUGAUGGCUCGAUCUUGCGCAGCGAUGUUGGCGCGCCUCGUCGUGAACUUGGGACUGCGAGGUGGACGCGAGGUUGGAUCCAGAUGGAGAGGAUCGGAGGUGAUCCGUCAAGAUGGGGAGGUCUGGAAGGAGUGAGGUUCAGACAGGUGACGUGGUUGUGUGCCUCGACUUCGCAUUUCUUCAACGGCUCGUUCCCAUUCCAUAACGGAAGUCUUCAAUCUGGUUCUCCUGCCAUUAUGUUUUCCUUCUUGCGGAUCUAUCCGCACUCGCACCUCCCCACCUCCGCACCUCCUUCUCCGGAUUCUUGGCUGGAGCUGAGCAAGGCUGAGCUGAACCAUUUGCACGACAGCGUUAGAGUCCCACCUCCUCGCGGUCAUGGUACUAGCCGACGUCGGCUGAUUCGUCCAAUUCUUUUCUGCAAGAAUUCCAACGGCGCUACAACAACACAUUCGCGAGACGGCCGUAAUGAUGGGUAUUGCGCACACUGUGCUCGUACGGAUUCACCCUCACGAUCUAUGAACAGCAGCCGCUCGAGCUCGGCAACUCUUGCGUCUCGAUUACCUUCUAUACUCAGCAGCUGGGAAUCGGUCAAAGAGUCGAGGAGGUAUGGGAAGUGGAAAGCUCUUUAUCGGGCGGAGCAGUGGAUACGUAUGAGAUCGGCAACCAUUGCGCCUCUACGUCUUCCAUACUCAGCUGCUGGGAAUGGGCGAAAGAGUCGAGGGCACAGAGCUCUUCAUCAGGCGGAGCAGCGAAUGCGUGCGCGUCCCUCAUCUUCUACGCUCGGCAGCUGGGAAUCGGUGAAAGAGUCAAGGAGACGUAGAAAGCUCCUCAUAGGGCGGAGCAGCGGAUGCGCACAAGAAAAUGUUGACGCAAUCAGCGCUAUUUCAGACAAUGAUCAUUCGCAUCAACACUCUCUACCACGCUCUAGGUCACCUUUGACGGAUUUUGAAAACGCCGGCCAGACUCUGCCGGGCAUCACCUUUGGCCCGCUAUCGAUCAUACUCAUCAUACCGAUCCAAGUGCCACUAUGGCGGCAUAGUCAUCUUCCUGGACGCUACACCGAGACAUCUUACACGACAUUGUUGACGCACUCCACUCGCCAGCCGGAUCGCCAUUCUUCCCUUGUAGUGUCCUUUUGGCUCUGGGGAACUUCGCCGCCUGAGUUGCUCCCUGCCCACCAAAACCGGAAGACCUCGUGUUUGGGCUCCUGGGUGUCCCAACGCGCCUCGCCAUUGCGCUGCCUCGACGAGCUCCCGAGGCUGAUCAUACAGCUUGUUCCAGGAGCGCCCAUCCAUAGAGACUCCUCCAAUAACAGGUACGAAAAGUCGGAUCAGCCCAUCGUAGACGUGCUCCAAGAUUUCUCUGCGAAGGACCAGACCGAGGUGGACACUAUUGAUGACUCUGGACUCGCUGUCAUAAUGGAAGUUGAAGCCUACCCGGAAUUGCCGAGCACGAUGGAAGUUGAAGCCUACCCGGAAUUGCCGAGCACGAUGGAAUUUCGCAGCGAAAAACGUGCUGCCCUCACUCGAGGCCUGCCGCUGGCAUGGAACGUAGGGUAUGAUAUCUCAAGAGGGCCAUUGAAAGCUCCUUCCGCCGAGCUCUCCAUUGAGAUCCUUUUGGCCGCCUUGGGAAGCCCGCAUCUUCUCCCACCAUACCUGGUACCACAUCAAGCACAUCGCACAUCCGAGAACCAAAACUCACAUCAUAGCCUACAAGCGGAGCGGCUGGGGCGAGGUAGGUUCUUCGUUGGUGGAAUUGCUCAUUACCAUUUCUUCUCUGGAAUUAUGCACAAAGAUGGCGCCGCAGUUCUGGUGAACGAGAUGGAAGACGUGCCCUCGAAUGAUUCCAAAGAGAAGGAGCUGGCCACCUUCUGCGUCCUCAAUCAUGUUGCGUAUAUGCUGACUUCAUUGCAGGUCACUCUUGGGUUUCCUUGUACGAAUGCGCGAGUAUCCGCUGAUCCUGGGAUGAAAUGGUUCCCUCAGUCGCCUACGAGGCGCCUCUGCAGGACGUCGGGCGAAGAACUCGCAAGUCACUCCAUUACACCGCAGCAUCGAGUCCUGUAUAGGAGAAUUCCUGGGCGGUGUGCAGUAGACGAACUCCUGCAUCUCUUCAGCCCGAAGGGCGAAGUACCCGAGAUUCUCAUCCGCGAGGGAGGGAAGAUAGAAAGGGAGUCUCGAUUCUUCGCAAAACUUGCGGGAUCCAUUGGAAGAGACGUUGCAAAUCAUUCUUCGCCAGUCUCCUCUGACCCUACCUGCCUCGGCAGGUUUCCGCGUCACAAGCAACAACGACUAGAUGCGCAUCUUGAAAGCCUCGCCGUGUAUAAGUACAGACUUGCUGUAAGUCAUGUCCUGAGUCGAGAUGGCAAACAUCAGGAAUUUGGCGAUCCGGUUCGAAUCGCAGGAUAUUUGUUCCAAUCGGCGCUCAAAAUUUCAUUAAAUCAAAGCUGCCAGAAAAAGGUCAGUCAUCGUAAUGCUGCCUGUGAAACAUUGCCUCAUCCCAAUAGGAUAACUCGCGUGGGGCAUUCCUGUAGGGAAGGCAUGAGCAUGAAGCCUCUGCGUGCUGUUGAGCUCAUUGAGUGGGAUCGGAUCAAAGUCGGGCAUCGUCGACCAGUUGGCUGCAUGGGCCUGUGCUUGUCGCUGGGCUUCCUUGAAGUCUUGCGCGUAGCCACCGAGACCGAGCAUGCUGGGAGAUACAUGUUCUAUAGAAUCACAAGUAGAAGUAGGACGAGGUACGAAUCUUUGCUACGGUCGUUGGUCUCACAUCGAUGUGCUGUGGGUGACUCUGUUGAUAAAGUAAUCGGAAGGGAGGACUGGUGGUUGCUGGACUGGACGACUCUCGUUGCGGGCUCUCCAAGGGCGAUUUUUCUCAAAGACCUUUUCCUGGAUUGGCACGCAUCCGUCAAUGGAGACUGUGUCGCUGUGGGAGGUGUCAUGCAAGGUGUCGCCGUUGGCCAUGGCCGAUAUGUUGGUCGGCUUUCGCGCCACCGCCGCAGUAUCCGCACAGAUUGUUACAGCGCCGAUUCUCCCACUGUUCUGGAGUGGGUGUUGGGCGGUUUCAGGUCGUUGCCCAGAGGUCCCUCGCUGGUUCUGCGCUGCGUGCAGGUGCUGGCACCGAUGGGCGCCGCCAAUGUGGAGGAGGUAGACGAGUCUGAGGGCGUGGUUGGAGCCCAACUGGUUGAAGUCAUUCCAUCUUCGUGUUGGAGUUGGAAGUGGUCGAGAAUUGGCCGAGCUGCAAUGAUCCAGACAGAUUGUCCGCAUCCCACCAGGCGUUCAGAGUAUUGA